CUUCCUUUCUGGAAAUGAUUUUCGUCUCUAACCAUAUUGAGACUCUCUUUUCUCAUUCUUUCAUUCUGACUUGCUCUUUUUCCUCUCAUUUACUACUGCAUCCGAAUAGAUCUUCUGACAGUAGCGUAACAGAACUUGCUGCUUUCCCCACCCCCUUUCCUGUGAUUUUUCCUUUGCAGAUCUUGCCAUGGGGUGCGGACUACGAAAGCUAGAAGACCCAGAUGAUAGCAGCCCUGGAAAAAUAUUUUCUACGUUGAAGAGACCGCAAGUGGAAACAAAGACUGACUCUGCUUAUGAAUAUGUAUUGCUGGAUUUUACUUUAGAAGUGUCCUCGAACCCAGAAGUUAUCAAAAUCAGUUCUGUGUUGGAUAUAGCAACAAAAGUGGAAGAGUAUUACAUCAAAGGAUAUGUUGUAGGAGCAAUUCAUCCUAUUAUAUUACCUGUUGGGCGAAGAAAGCACUUUUCUGCAAGUUAUUUGUAUCGAGUGGUACUAUCACGACUCAAAUUAAGCCCGAAGCAUACAGCACCCAGAAGACAAAGACACCCCAGGCUUGUGAUUGAGGAAUGUCCUUUAAUGUAUGAAACACUGACAAAUGACGUAGUGAAAGGAUUGUUAGAAAAGGUCAAUGAAGCUGCUAAAAGAGGGAAGAAGUUUGUUGGAUUUAUAACACAGCAUUUUCCUCAACCUAAAUUCUGUAAUGGCACAAACACAGAUGGAAAUGUGGACUCUGAAUCAGCACUAAGCAUAAGGAGUAGAGAGCACAGGAAAUACAAUUAUGAUGAAAACUAUAAAAACUGGAAUGAAGGGACUUUGAGUGGUCAGUCAUCCGAGAGUGGAAUAGAGGAAGAAAUUCAGCCAGAAAGGGGACAGUUACAGGAUGCUGAUUUCCAAUUUGGAAAAGAAGGCAGCCCCAGCCCUACUAAACCAAGGAAAGGAGAAGAUAAUAAAUUAUAUACAGUCUUCAAUGUUUUUGAUGAUGACUCAACCUGCUGGACCUAUUAUGAGGGCAUUUUGUCUAUGAAAGUAACAAGAAAAGGGGCAGUCAUUAGUACUCUGGAUGCAGACUGGCUAGAACUAACCGCAUUUUAUUAUAAACAAGGAUUGUCAUUAAUUGAUUCUUUUGUAUACUGGGAAACUUCUAAAGGAGACCACAUGCCCAAAUCUUUAGAAGGAUUAUUUAUAUAUGAAGAAGAAGGUUCAGGAGUUCCAGGUUCUAACAGGAAAGGAAAUGACACAAUAGUUGUAGAACAAUGGACUGUCAUUGAGGGAUGUGAAAUUAAAACAGAUUAUGGACCUUUACUGCACACGCUGGCUGAGUUUGGAUGGCUUCUUACAUGUGUACUGCCUACACCGAUCAUCCGACAUGACAGUGAAGGAAAUCUGGCCACAAAGCAAGUUGUUUUCCUUCAGAGACCUGUUAUGUGGAAUUCAAACACCCAGACCCCAGAGAAGAAAUCCACAAGGCAGCUCAGAAGUGACGAGAAAGGCAAAGUCUCUAGCAGAAGUAUUGGAUUAGACACAGCUACGUCUCACCCUGCAGAAAGUGGGCAUCCACCUGAUGAGUUUCAUCUGUCUCCUUUUAAACCAUGUUGGAUCAAGGAGGGAUCUGCCCCAUAUGAAAGCUUCUCAGGAUUCAAUAGCAGCGAUAGUGUGUUAAGGGAACUGGAUGAUGGACAGUUCGAGCAGGAAGAUGGAGCCACUCAGGUCACAUGUAUGUGACCAAGUGAGUAACUUGUAUUGGAGGGAACUGUAAAUAAUUAAAACAAAUGUAAAGACUGAAUUUACUACAUUACUUUAUAUGCAUUUGUAUAAUCCUUUGGUUUUCCCAGACUCAUGUUUAUAUAUCUUUUGCUUCUUUCUAGAGUUAUACGGUUAGCAAAUAAUACUACUACUGUAAAAUACCGUGGGUUUAUGUCUGUUCUUAAUGGAACAUUGCAUUUCUAGAACUCUGCUAACUUCACUGGUGAUAUUCUCAAUGAUGCUUAUAAACAACAGGGAAGAAAACUUGGCAGAUCAGUUAUGGCUUGUGGUCUAAGAGACAGUGGAGUGGGAAAACAAUGCUUUCCACAAGUAGAGGGAAAUGGUAUUUUUCUAAAAGAGUAUCACAAAUGUUAGAGGAUUUUAAAAAGUUAACUAUAAAAUACUUGACUGUCCUUUUAAGUUUUAAUUGCAAUUUUCAGUUUAUUUGCCUUGCCUAAAUCCAGAACCUGUUAAACCUAGAAAUUUUAGUGCUGCACUUUCAGUCUCAAUGAGAGUACUAUAGCAGGAUGUACCUAACACACAAAGCCACAUUCCAGCUUGCAUAUGUGCACACCGUUAAAACCAAGGGCAAUGGGAGUGUGUGGGGUGGAUGUUUUCUGCCCUUAUUCAGUUCCAUCUAAAAUAAAGGAGCUGUCAGGGACAAUCCAAAGCUAAGACAAAGAACUCCCAGGGCAUAGUCAGCACAACUAAGUAUUACCUUGCCAGUUAAUAGAAACAGAUCAUUUGGAAGGCUAUGCAGAGAGUGCUACCAGUAAGAUUAUGGGUGCACAGUAAUGCUGCGUGCAUGUAGCUCUGUUUUGGGGGCAGUCAUGUGGAGAGGCAAAAUUAGACCCCUUGGCUCAUAUAUGAAAAUAUAAAAGCUAUGUCUCAACUGAAUACCUAUAUCAGUGUGUGUAAAAUGUAUUCACCUGUUCAUAAAGUUCCUGGCUGGAAGAGUCUUGCUUGCAGAGGUAAUUAUGAAAACUAUUAUAGAUCAGCAUCCUCAAGGAGAGUAGCUCAAGAGGCUUGAGUACUAAAAGACCCUAACAUUGAUGUAGGUGUGUUGGAAGAGGUGUUAAUAAUGAUUUUCUGCAGCUGUAUUGCAAUAAUACUUGAUUCAGUCACUGCCUAAUUUGAUCAGCCAUUUAGUUUAUUAAAAACUUCUGGAACCAAGUCAUUAGUAUAAAAAUAAAUUAACAUCCUUUCAUCCUUUAUUCUGAUCAAUGUUGGGCUCUUUAGGCUGGUAUUGUAAUUCAGUCGUUGCCUAUAGAAAGUUGCCAUUUAAUUAGAAUCAUAGAAUAUCAGGGUUGGAAGGGACCUCAGGAGGUCAUCUAAUCCAACCCCCUGAUCAAAGCAGGACCAAAUCCCCAUUUUUUGCCCCAGAUCCCUAAUAGAGAAUGCAAAAAUUUUAAAUGAGAAAAGUAUUGAGAAUGGGGGAAGCUAAAGAAAAAUGUCUGUGCUGAUGAUAAAGGUGAUUGAUUGCAACUAAAACUUGCAUUAUUCAAACACUGUUAUGGACAUUAUAAGCACAAGCUGUGACAUGCACCUUCACAAGGCAUUUGUUUAACUGAAAUUAGUGAUUGAUCCUAUUAAACUGAUGGAAACAGAUUUGGCCAAAAUAAGAAUGGCACAGUACUAAGGAAAUGUAAUUAAAUGACAAUCAGGGUCUUUUUACUACAGCUGGAUGGAAGGAAGGCCUCACUUAACUGACCCUUCUCUUUCUUUAACCACUUUGCGCACACGAUGUAUUAGGUAAAAUCCCCCUCUUGUAUGAUCCCAUAUACCUCCCCUUUGAAGUGCCUUUAUUCCAGUAAAUAUUUGUACUUCAAAGAAGGCCACUGUGUUCUAUUGCCAUAGUGGAGAUCAGCAAUGGAGAGAACAGCAUUAACAGACUGCAAAGGGACUUUUGGCCUAGACUGGUAGGAUAGCGGAAUUCACAGUGUACAGACAGAAUGAUACUGGGAUCCUCAGGGGCCAGCAGGGUGGGGAGAACAUGUUUGUUAUUACUGUGUAAUGAGCAACACUGAAUCAGGGAAAGGUUUAGUGCUAUUUCAGUUCAAAUCAAUUCCGUGAGGUGGUUUGUUUGUUUGUUUCCAGAAAAUCCAAGAAAUAGCACACGUCAGAUAAUAAAGUUAUUGUCAUGGGAGCUGGUAACAACCCCUCCAUUUAAGCUGCCUAACACUUUUUCUAUUGUAGAAGAUUCUUGCCAGUUUGUUCGGGUGUUCUGAGAAACUGUAACACCUCUAGGUAUUUAAAUUUGGCAGAGCCAAAUGCUUGGAUUAGAGAUGUGCCUUUUACUUGUCCCAUGAAAUUCCAUUAUAAAUGGAGUUAUAAAUGGUUUAAAAUUGCCAUUUCCCUUCUCGCUCUUUAAUUCCUCAGGAAAACGCUGGCAGCGUGUCAAAAUAAUAACUGAAUUUGAAAGUUUUAAGAGCCAAGUCCAUCCCACAGCAGCGCACACAACUGGGUACACUGGGAACUGCCAGAGUAGCUAUAGCAGUGGGGUUUGGGGGAAGAGCUUAGAUGGGGCUUCCCCCAUGCCCUCAGCCAAACAGACCCAGCAUCUCAUCCCAUUUCUGGGGAGCUUGCUACACCUCCCAAGGUGGAGGGGACAGAGAAAUCUAAGCCCUGGUCUACACUGGGCGGGGGGGGGAGGGCGGGGAUCGAUCUAAGUUACGCAACUUCAGCUAUGUGAAUAACGGAGCUGAAGUCGAUGUACUUAGAUUGACUUACCGUGGUGUCUUCACCAUGGUGAGUCGACUGCUGCUGCGCCCCCGUUGACUCUGCCUGCGCCUCUCUCCGCGGUGGAGUACAGGAGUCGACGGGAGAGCACUUGGGAAUCAAUUUAUCGUGUCUAGACUAGACUAGAUAUGAUAAAUUGAUCCCCGCUGGAUCGAUCGCUGCCCGCCAAUCCGGCGAGUAGUGAAAACAUACCAUAAGUCAGGCUCCUCAACCAUCUCCAGGGAUCCAGCACAUAGUUCCACUCCUCCUCUAGGAUAAUAGCCUUCUUCUGCAGCCAGCUAAUGUAGUUAGUCCUGUAGCUCAGGUGGUAGUUUGUUUUGCAUUGCUGAAAGUUUGGGGUUCAAAUUAUCAGAAUGAUGCAGGAAUGGAGGUUGUAAGUUCUUACAGUUGUACAUAAAAAUGUUUUUACUUUUUUCCUUUAAAAAAGCUACAUUAAAAAAAUGGUCUGGGUUGCAAAGUCUAGCACUUGCAGGUUAGGAGAUGCGAGUUUUAGGGCUGCCAAUGCAACCUUCAUUUGGCUCCCUGGUGCGUGUUAAUUAUGGUGAUUCUUUUUUGAACCCUGUUAUGGUCUUGGCCUUCACAACAUCUUCUGGCAAGGAGUUCCACAGGUUGACUGUGCGCUGUGUGAAGAAAUACUUCCUUUUAUUUGUUUUAAACCUGCUGCCUACUAAUUUCAUUUGGUGACCCCUAAUUCUUGUGUUAUGUUGUGUUAUGGUAAAGUCUUUAAUUGUAUUAUCACAUGCUGUUUUUUUUGCAGGAUCCCUGCUUCAAUCAGUACACAAGGGGAAACUUAAAAGCUAGGAAAUGCCAGAUUUAUGUUGAGUGCUUGACUUUGUAACCAGAAAAACAAAUGACAUUAAAAGAUAGUUAAUAUACAAUAAA